CAUAAAGUAUUCUAAAUUUGCAUGGAUUAUAAUAUCAUCUAACACCCAUUUGAUAUAUCAAAGUCAAUUUGUCCUUUCUUACUGUCCGCCAAGAGAGAGAGAGAGAGAGAAGGUAGCGUAGAAGUUUUAAGAAUAAGGUGAGAGAGAGAGAGAGGAUUAUACAGAUUGGUAUUAUUUGGCUUCAUUUCACUUGCUUUUCCUCGGAAGGGAGAGUAUUUCUGGUGAAGAAUCCCUCGUCUUCUUCGAGCUGCUACAGAAAUUCAAGAUUGGCCCAAGAACUUGUUGAGCUCUUUGAAGCUAUUGACGAUUUCAUGGUGGUUGUCUUGUGAAUUUUUGGUCUGAUUCCUGUUGGAGUUUGGUUUUUGUGCUUAAAUUUAAGGAUCUGGAUUCUGGGUUUCUAGGUUUUGACUCUACGAUUUUUUUCCUUUGUGGGACUCGCCGCGGUGGUUCUGGUCUCUGUCUUGACUUUUCCGUAGAGAAUGUCAAUUUCUAGUUCAUUUUCUAAGAUUCGGUGGGAACUAUUUGUGUUGGAUGGCUUUAGUUGAAUUCCUCCGAGUUGAGGUUUUGCAUCUGUAGUCCAAUUGUUCUUAAAUCUCUUCCAUUUCUGGUAUUUUUGAAGUGGGGUUUUUCUGAUCUGUUUCAAGAUCCCUUCUGAUUGCCUUUUGGGGGUCUAGGGUUCGAAACUGAAUAAUUUUCUUUUUCCAAUUAUUUUUCGAUUUUGAUGGGCUAGAAACCCCCCUUUGUUGUUAUUCUCCUCACAAACUUUUGCUGCUUAAUCCUCUCUGGGUUGCCUUUUUGAAAACGAGCUUAAAUGCAUCUUUCACUAUGGAAAAAUCUGUCUCAUUGCGCUGCUGCUCUAUUAAUGGACAAGAAGGGCCGAAGAAGAGAUGGGUCAGCCACUGGUCAUGACGCCAAGAAAAGCUCAUCAAUUCUUCGAAAACUGCAAGAGAACAAGCUCAGGGAGGCUCUCGAAGAAGCAUCUGAAAAUGGGUCUCUCUUCAAAUCGCAAGAUAUUGAUGAAUCCGACUCACUUGGCGACCAGGACGACGGCAGUGGCUUGGGCCGGUCGCGGUCGCUCGCUAGACUCCACGCGCAGCGGGAAUUCCUGCGUGCCACCGCGCUGGCUGCCGAGCGCACUUACGAGUCCGAAGACGACAUUCCUGACCUCCAUGAAUGUUUCUCCAAGUUCUUUACUAUGUACCCGAAUUUCCAGUCCUCCGAGAAGAUCGAUCAGCUGAGGUCCAACGAGUACUCGCACCUUUCUUCAAAGGUAUGCCUCGAUUACUGUGGCUUUGGACUUUUUUCUUAUGUUCAAACACUUCACUAUUGGGAGUCCUCCACAUUUAGCUUGUCUGAGAUAACUGCAAAUCUGAGCAACCAUGCUCUUUAUGGUGGUGCUGAAAAGGGGACUGUUGAACAUGAUAUAAAGCUUAAGAUCAUGGACUAUUUGAACAUUCCUGAGCAUGAAUAUGGGCUUGUGUUUACUGUGAGUAGAGGGUCGGCUUUUAAAUUGCUUGCUGAUUCAUAUCCUUUUCAUACCAACAAAAAAUUGUUGACCAUGUUUGAUUAUGAGAGUCAAUCUGUGACUUGGAUGGCUCAGAGUGCUAGAGAGAAAGGUGCGAAAGUGUAUAGCGCCUGGUUCAAAUGGCCAUCCCUGAAACUCUGCUCCACUGAUUUGAGAAAACAAAUUUCGAAUAAGAGGAGAAAGAAGAAGGACUCCGCUACUGGUCUUUUUGUGUUUCCAGUUCAAUCUAGAGUGACGGGAGCGAAGUAUUCGUAUCAAUGGAUGGCUCUAGCGCAACAGAACAACUGGCACGUGCUGCUUGAUGCUGGAUCUUUAGGUCCCAAAGACAUGGAUUCUCUUGGACUGUCCCUUUUCCGGCCAGAUUUCAUUGUCACAUCGUUCUAUAGAGUUUUUGGAUUUGAUCCAACCGGGUUUGGAUGUCUAUUGAUCAAGAAAUCAGUAAUGGCAAGUUUACAGAAUCAUUCGGGGAGUACAGGUUCAGGAAUCGUGAAGAUAACUCCUGAAUAUCCUUUGUACCUGAGUGAUUCAAUUGAUGGUCUUGAUGGAUUUGCUGGGAUUGAAGAAGAUGGAAUCUCUGAGAAUGUUGUUAAAGCCUCUGAAACACGUCAAAAAUCUCAACUGCCCGCUUUCUCGGGUGCGUUCACAUCUUCUCAGGUUAGAGACGUAUUUGAAACUGAGAUGGAUCAUGAAAGUUCUGAGAGAGAUGCUACGAGCACUAUAUUUGAGGAAACGGAAAGUUUUUCUGUUGGAGAGGUGAUGAAGAGCCCGGUAUUCAGUGAAGACGAAUCAUCUGAUAACUCAUUAUGGAUUGAUUUAGGCCACAGUCCUCUUGGGUCUGAUAAUGCUGGCUUCAGCAAACAUGAAAUUGCCUCCCCGUUGCCCCCGUAUUGGUUUGCAUAUCGAAAAAAUAGGCAACAAUCACCCAAACCAACUUCAAAAAUAUACAGCAGCCCACUUUAUGAUGACAAAGAAGUAAACUCAAGGGCAGGUGAUGAAAGAAGUAUGCUGUCAUUUGAUGCAGCUGUCAUGUCAGUUUCUCAAGAGCUCGAUCGCUACAAGGAGGUUGGUGGAAGUAAAGAUUCAGUAAGGAGUCCUGUUGUACAGGGCGGUAAAAAGAGUUCGGAGCAUACGGACGUGUUGGAGGUAGACAAAAUUGGCAAAGCACUUUCAAAUGGUAUGUCAAGUUGUGAUGUCAAGAGAUCUCAUCUUAGCAAUUCAACUUCUGGAUCCCAGCACCAUAAGUUAGAGAACGGUUCGACCUCUGAGAUCUGCCCCGAGAUUAAGGAGAGUGCAAUAAGACGUGAAACUGAAGGUGAAUUUAGGUUGUUGGGACGCCGAGGGAAUAGAUUCGCCGGUGGGAGGUUUUUCGGAGUAGAGGAAUCUGAAGUGCAGAACAAGGGAAGAAGAGUCUCUUUCGGCAUUGAAGACAACGGUAAAGAGCACCAGAGCUGUAAUUUUGAGCCAGGUGAAAUGUCUAUUACCAGCUUUGAUGAUGAUGAAGGUACCAGUGAUGGUGAAUAUGGUGAUGGGCAAGAUUGGGACAGGAGAGAACCUGAGAUAAUUUGCCGCCAUAUUGAUCAUAUCGACUUGUUGGGUCUCAACAAGACUACUCUCAGGUUAAGAUAUCUGAUCAAUUGGCUCGUGACGUCACUACUACAACUUAGGUUACCCGAUUCGGAUGGAAGCAGCAGGGCAAAUCUUGUUCAAAUUUAUGGUCCUAAAAUAAAAUACGAAAGGGGUGCUGCCGUAGCAUUCAAUGUGAGAGACCGAGUUAGGGGGCUAAUCAACCCAGAAAUUGUACAGAAGCUAGCUGAAAGAGAAGGUAUAUCUCUAGGAAUCGGUUUCCUUAGUCACAUACGCAUCGUCGACAAUCCGAGACAUCAAAAAAGUGGUUCAAACCUAGAAGACACAACCCUUUGCAGACCAAUGGAAAGUGGGAAGCUCAGCGGAAAGAGCGAGUUCAUGCGGGGCGAAGUCGUGACAGCUUCUCUGGGAUUUUUGAGCAAUUUCGAAGAUGUCUACAGAUUAUGGGCUUUCGUAGCAAAGUUUCUUAAUCCAACUUUUAUCAAAGAGGGUGCUCUUCCUACAGUUGAAGAAGGUUCAGAAGUAUAACACCUGAAGCAGCAGCCAUGUCAUUUGGACAAGGGGGAGAAGCAUCCGUAAGAAAGAAAACUCGAAGCAAUAAACUAAAGGGCAUCCCGAAAACGAUGGAGAGUGCAGUAUCGUCCCACCCUCCUCGGAUGCUUUGAUCUUCACUUGCAGCUCUCCAGCACAAGCAGAUGAAUUUGUUGAUUCAUACUUAUUUUUACUUGAAUUGUUCUCUUUUUUGAGUUAAUUGGUGCUAGACUGAGCUCUGGGGAAAUCGUUCGAUCUCGAGCAGCCAUGGCGCCGUGAUCUCGAGCAGCCAGAGAAAAGCUCAAAUUCUUGAAUCUGUGUAAAACAAGUGGUAGCGGUAGAGAGUUGUUAUGGGUGCUGUUAUGGGUGCUGUAUUUAGCUGAUGCUCAGAAACAUUUCCCAUUUUCAAGUUAUUUUUGCUUUCUGAGUUUGCUGCUAUUUUUCCACUCUCAAUGGUAGAUAAUGCCCCUCUGAGCUUCGCAAAGACAUGUCACUCACUACUCUAUAACACUGCUUCUUCUCUC